AUGGCCGCCGCCCAAGCUAAACGCAUCCAAGCAAACUGCAAGAUCAUCUGGGGCGCCGACUGCGACUAUAACCUCGAAAUCGAGACCGACGACCAUGUCAACUACACAUGCCAUGUGCAAAAGGACUUUGGGGAUUCAUACGGACCACCAUUGACGAUGACCAGUCUUUGUCGCACAAGCGAGGUGGCUUGGGCAGAACUGGAUAGGAUGCUGGGGUUGUGGGCGACGCAGGUCAAGCGCGGAACGCCAAUGACCAAGGAUGAACGAUUGGAGAUUUUUGGCGGUCCGAGAGGGGAGCAUAAAAAGCUUCUGAAUACUUUUAUGGAGUAUGAGGAGAGAAUGGGUGCGAAGCCAACUUAG